AUGGGGCUGGUAACCCUGGUAGGAUCUCUCAUCUGGGUGCGGCUGUUUGAUGAGCUGGCGAGGCGAGACCUCAUUGAACGGAAGCUGAGUCGCAAGCUCGUGCACAUCACUACAGGCCUGCUCUUCAUGCUUUUCUGGCCGCUCUUCAGCACGAGCUUCAAUGCACGCUUCUUUGCCAGUGCGGUCCCUUUAAUCAACGCCACGCGCCUGCUGCUGCUGGGGCUGGGGGUGACGCGCAACGAAGGCAUGGUCAAGGCUAUGAGCCGAGAGGGUAGCUCCAGCGAGCUCUUGGGCGGCCCCCUAUACUACAUCCUUACGCUAGCCUUCGUUACAAUCACAUUCUGGCGCUCCUCCCCUGUUGGGGGCGUGGCACUGGCGCUCAUGUGUGGUGGAGAUGGCAUCGCUGACAUUGUGGGGCGGAGAGUAGGUUCCGCAAAGCUGCCGUGGAACGACGAGAAGAGCUGGGCAGGGAGCAUGGCCAUGCUGCUCUUUGGAUAUGGGCUCGCCCUCUU